CCUCCGACGGGUUCAAUCGAACUCUCUCGCCUAUCCAGCAUCCAUAAAGGGGUCCGUCGUUCGGACCCGAGGCCCGAGUUGCGGUCUCUGUCUCUCUCUCUCCCCGUCCCUGUUUCUUUCUCUCUCAUCGGCGGCGGCGUGGAGGGCAUGGCGUACCGGCGGAAGCAGGGGGUGUCCUAUCAAACUUCUUCCUCCUUCGAGGACUACCGAUCCGCUGCCACCGAGCCGCCGUCGCUCGCCGCCCAAGCGAUCCGGGCCUCCGCCGCCCACCGCGACUCCUCCCUCUUCUCCGCCUAUGGUGAGUCCUCCGCCGCCUCCUCCGCCGCCCACCCGUUUGCCAAUCGCGAGAGGUCUUCCCCCUCGCCGAGGAUCCCUGCCUAUUUCUUGAAUUGCCGGGAGUUGGAGCAGUGUUUCUGCUUGGAAUUUGGGUUAUUUUAUUUUAUUUUAUUUUACUUUUGCUUGAUUAAGUGAUUUGGAUGUGUUGGGUUAUUUUUGGACAGAAGCUCACUAUAUGACCGAGUUCAACGGAAACAAUUGUACAGAUGAAUCUUGUGGAAAAAGGAAAGUUCUCAGGGUUUCUUUGGUUCAGAAUCAGAUCUAUUGAAGGUUUUCUUUUGAUUUGGGCCAGAACUGAGUUUUAGUAAAAUGUAAUUGGAAACAUGAAGCAUCUGAUAAAUGGUGUCAUGGAAUCACUAGAGUUUCUCAUAGCAAUGCAUCACUUGUUUGUCCAAUCAGUGGAUUUAUAGGAAGGAUCUAGUCCUGAUGAAGCAAACAAGCAAAUUCCACUUGAUUGAUCUGAGGAAACUUAUGUUUAUGGAAGGUUUUUGGAUGUUUGUGUGGAGAAAUUGAGGAUUUGAUAUGGUUCUUUCAGAAAAAGAUUGCAAUAAUAUGAGUAGAAUGAAUGGCAUGGUUUGUGUAGAAUCUCUGGAGAAGCAAGCAGGGUUUUGGGAGGCUAAUACAAGAUUUCAACCGUCUACAGGUUGAAACGCAGAACAGAGGUUCAAAUAAGUGAUGGAGCUAUCUGUUGAUUAGUUUUUCUUCUGAGUUUGGGUGUUCUAUUAUAUCUUUUAAGGUUUCCACGCUUUAUUGGUUGCUAGGAUAAGCUGUGAUCAACGCUUUGGAGGCUGUUCAAAGCGGAUCUUAUCUUCUAUUGUUUGGAUAAGAUGGAAGCCUUUAUGUGAUCUGUUUGAGAUGAGGCAGGUUAUUCUGGAAACAGCAACACUUUGAUUAAUUGCUGUUUUACUGGAACCCGACUAAUUUUUUUUUUUAAUUGGUUGAUGUGGACCUUAUAUGGUAACCAUGCGGGCUUUCUGGAAUGUCAAAUGUAAGGUUUGUUGAAGCAAUUUCUCAAUGACCCCAGGCAUCAGCAGUGCUUUGACAUAAAAGUUUCUUUCAUUAUAUGGGUUUUGAUUGACGUAAUAAUCGAAUGACUGUUUAAAAGAAGAAAACAAAUGAUAACUGAAAGCUUGGAGGCUGCAUCUAAUGUUCUGUUGUGCAAGUUAAAAUUAAAUGUAAGUCCACUAAUGAAAGUGUUCGAGGAACCCUUUCUCUGUUCCAUAAUACUCUGACAUCUGUGAAUAACAAUUUAGCAUCGUUAACUUGCCACAUAUUUACAUGAUCUUAAACUCUACAGCAAUUAAGAUAGGCUGAUUUUAGUGCCACCUGGUUUCCAGGUUUCUUGGCAGGCACUUCACUUGUCCAGUAUUUCCUUGGCCAGCCAUUUGACAGAAAAUUUUUAGGGGGUUUCUUGGCAGGGGUUCCUUGCAGGAUUCUGCUGCCUAUGAAUAUACGUCAAUGAAAAAUUUGAAUGAAUCCAAAUAUGGAUUCUGGGGGGUUUUAGCCAGAAAAGCUAAAGCAGUUCUUGAGGAUGAUAAUACAACAAAGCAAUUUGAAACUCCUGGAAGAAACCAACCCCAAGCAGCCAACACAUCAGCCGGCAGUCAGUUUUAUCAUUCAAAUUGGUCACCUCAUGGCUACCAGAAGACGGAAACACCUCCCUUUCAGAAAAGUUCAGAUACAAUAGCUUCUUCCCUUAACUACAUUGGUGACACGAUUAAAAAUGCUCUCGAAGAGGGUCGGACAGUUGUGGAGAAUAAGACUGCUGACAUCAUCCAUGAAACACGAAAGCUGCAUAUUAGGAGAAAAGGAAGCGGUCACAAUGCACACAGUCAGGCUGCAGAGAAAUUGGCUCAACACAUAUUUCCUCAGAUACAAACUGAUUAUGAAACACAACUGAAGGCAUCUCGCGACGUUGCUAAUGCAAUGGCUGCAAAGGCCAAGCUUCUUCUGCGUGAACUGAAGACCGUCAAAGCUGACCUGGCUUUUGCAAAGGAACGGUGUUCUCAGCUUGAAGAAGAAAACAAAAUGCUGAGGGAGAGUCAUGAGAAGGGAUCUAAUCCUGAAGAUGAUGAUCUUAUUGGGCCAUGGAGCUAUCACUGGUUUAGUUCCGAUGCUUGGUGGUCAACAGAUAUAAUCAACUCAUGGAUACGUCUUCAGCUAGAGACAUUGUUAGCUGAGAAGGCAAGGCUGGCACAUGAGAACUCCACAUAUGCAAGGGAGAAUAGAUUCCUGAGGGAGAUUGUGGAGUACCACCAACUCAACAUGCAAGAUGUUGUUUAUGUGGAUGAGGGCAUUGAAGAGGUCACGGAGGUUUACUCCAUCCAAAUCCCUCCUGCAUCACCAGCUCCUGCAGUAUCUGAAUCAUCUUCCCCUCUCUCCCCAACCACCCCGACUCCCAGCCGUAUUACCAGAAGUACUGCCACUACUCAGCCACCUCCUGCAGCCUCUCCCUCCAUUCUUGUACCAGAAUCUUGCCCAAUUAUCCCUACACCUCCCACACGCCCUUCACAGGCUGUUCCUCCAAACACAAGGGCUAGCCCACCACCCGUAUAGUUUCAGCAUCUGAGAUUCUAGGCAACAACAAUUUGCUUCAGGACCUACCUCGGAAAAUCAGGGCUAGUCAAUUUUUGCUCAUCCUCUUCAGUUUGUGCUGGUUUGGUGACGUAAAAUUACAUUCUUUCAUGUUUGUGUCUGUAUUUGUAAAUUAGUUUAUUUGUUGCUGUUGUUAUUUAUCAGUAAUUAUAAAUAUUAUAAAUAAAUCAAUGUUUGGCGUGCUGAGAUUGUUUGACAUUUGCUUGUGAUCAGUUCAAUGGUGAUAGGCAUCCUUUUGCAACAGCAGAUUAUACCUGUCUUGAACGUUUCCUCAA